UAGCAGAAACAUCACUGGUGUGUGUAAUUGUUCGACAGAGGCAGCCCURGUCUUGAACAAGCCCAUCUUUGUUUCUAGUUUUCUUCACUUCCGGGACACCUCCGCUCCUCCUCACUGGGUCUCAUCCCGAUGGUCCCGGCGGCUCCUCCGGAUCCUUCCUCCUCGGUCCACAGCGCUGAUCCUCCCGCUUCAYGCAGAACAUCGGGUCGAGGUUCGGGGUUUGGGAGCUGGAUCGGAACCGUGAGCUGGGUUUAGCUGGUUCGGCGCUCGGGCAGCGGGGUGAGGAAGGUUCGGUCCGGACGGACUGAGGGAGCCAGCUCAGCAUGGCCGCAGGCAGCCUCAACAAGACGGUGGAGGAGAAGACUCCGAACCGGACUCACAGUGAUGCCAACAGGAAGUUGAAGUACAUCAGCCUGGCCGUGCUGGUGGUCCAGAACGCCUCGCUCAUCCUCAGCAUCCGCUACGUGCGCACGCUGCCGGGCGACCGCUUCUUCGCCACGUCGGCGGUGGUGAUGGCCGAGGUUCUGAAGGUSCUGACGUGUCUGCUCAUCAUCCUGCUGCAGAAGAGAUUCAGCCUGAUGGAAACGGCCCACUUCCUGUUCGACUCYGUGGUCCUGCAGUACAGAGACACCCUGAAGCUGGCGGUGCCGGCGCUCAUCUACACGCUGCAGAACAACCUGCAGUACAUCGCCAUCUCCAACCUGCCCGCCGCCACCUUCCAGGUCACCUACCAGCUGAAGAUCCUCACCACGGCUCUGUUCAGCGUGCUGAUGCUCAGGAAGUCCCUGACCCGGGUCCAGUGGGUCUCCCUGCUGCUGCUGUUCACCGGCGUGGCUGUGGUCCAGGUGCAGCAGGAAGGGAACAAAGAGGCGUCGGUGUCUGACUCCUCCCAGCAGAACUACACGGCGGGCCUGGUGGCGGUGGUCAUCAGCUGCCUGUCUUCGGGCUUCGCCGGCGUUUACUUUGAGAAGAUCCUGAAGGGCAGCGCGGCCUCGGUGUGGAUGAGGAACGUCCAGCUGGGGAUCUUCGGCACGGCGCUGGGCCUGCUGGGGCUGUGGUGGAACGAUGGCGCGGCGGUGGCCGAGCGCGGCUUCCUGUUCGGCUACACGGCCACGGUGUGGUGCGUGAUCUUCAACCAGGCGUUCGGCGGGCUGCUGGUGGCGGUGGUGGUGAAGUACGCCGACAACAUCCUGAAGGGCUUCGCCACCUCCUUCUCCAUCGUGGUGUCCACCGUCAUGUCCGUCUACCUGUUCGCCUUCCACGUGGACCUGCUGUUCACCGUCGGGGCGGGGCUCGUCAUCGGCGCCGUCUACAUGUACAGCCUCCCGAAGGCGCCCGGCGCCUCGGUGACCCAGAGCCCCGCCUCCUCCUCGGCGUCCUCUGCAGCGUCCUCGGAGCCGUCCAGGACGGUGGACGGAGARGGAGAGAUGGAGGCGUUUCUGCCAAA